AUGUGGAACUUUGGUCGCUGGUCUCGCUCCGUUGAGGGUGUUUUUCUGGCUACGUGCUUCCUCCACCUUUUCCCAGAGCUGGCUGAUAAUGUCAGAAAACUUGAUGAGGUGUACAAUUUCUACGUUGACUAUCCGAUCGCCGAGCUGCUCAGUUGUGCUGGAUUCUUUUUACUGUUCUUUCUUGAAGAGGUUGUCAUCGUGGCAAUACCAUCGCUUGCACAUUCUCACUCUAUAGCCCAUGGAGGGCAUGGUCAUGGCUUCGGUGAAAGUUCGCCACUAACUGUGACAGAGGGCAGUUGCUGCAUGACUGGACGGGUCUUACAAUCAGCGGCUGAUGAACAUUUACUUGAAACACCAGCUGAUUAUUCGAAGGAGCAGGCCAAAACGUUGACUUCGGACGAUGCGGAAGAUGCAGCUGGUCACUGCCAGAAACAUUGUCCCCUCACGGUGCAUCGGGUUCGGAAGAACUCUGACCCCCGGGAAUCUCAUUGCACGGCAUCUAAUGAGUAUACUGAACUUACUUCCCUUCGACGUCAUCAACAGUACGGCACUAUCAAUACACUUGGCAAUGUAGAGGAUCACUACACUCCUACCGAAGGCGUUGUGAGACGCCCAUCAAGACGAUGGAUAUUCACAUCACUUGCGGUCGCCGAGCCCGAGCGUUGUGAGACAAACUGUGAAAAGAUAAAUGAAGACCCUCCAAUUCUUAUGAAGUCGUCCCCACAUGCCCACUCCCAUGGCGUUCGUUCCAUCACCUUCGUACUUGCAUUGUCGAUUCAUUCAGUUAUUGAAGGUGUCGCACUCGGUGUGGGGGAUAAUGCAUCAGAGACCACAGCAUUAUUUCUGUCCCUUCUCGUGCACAAAUUAAUAGUUGCAUUCUCAGUUGGUCUACAGUUGGCUCGUACGCACGCACAUCAACUGCAAUGGGUAGUAGCUUCUGUGUUCACGCUUGCUCUCAUGUCACCUCUGGGAGCUAUUAUUGGAAUGGCUGUACAGUCUACCGCUGAAAAUAGUUUUGGAAAGGAUGUUACUAUUACGAUCCUACAAGGCCUUGCUGUUGGGACCUUCCUAUACGUCACAUUUUUCGAGGUACUCCUUCACGAAAGAGAUAACGAGCAUCCGAAUUUGCUAAAAUUACUUGUCAUGUUGGUACUCCUUCACGAAAGAGAUAACGAGCAUCCGAAUUUGCUAAAAUUACUUGUCAUGUUGGUCGGAUUCUCGCUCAUUGGGCUUCUUCGCCUGAUUGAUAACCACGAACAUGGGGAUUCUCUUCAUCCUUCUGAUAAUUCAACUCAAUUCGGGAUGAUGCGCGGUGCUCAGCUUGGUCAUAGCCACCAGCAUCAUUAA